UUUCGGAGGAGGUCAGUCCCAGCUGCGGGCGCACGCUCUGAGGAGCCCAGCCCCGAGGCCGCACUUGCUCCGGGAGCGGCCCCGCACCUUCCCGCAGGCGCGGCUGGAGAUGCCGGGGAGACGGCUGUGGGCGCGCUGCUGGCUCGGCGUCUGCCUGUCGCUGCUGGGCGCGGGGGGCGGCACGGCCGAGCCCUGUCGCGGACCGUCCUGCGAGGGCGGCGAGGCACCGCCGCCGCCGUGCCGCGGACCUCGCUGCGGAGGACGGGCCGCCCGCCCGCCGCGCUCCUUCCUGCACACCGCCGCGCCGCUGCGGCCGCCGCACGGCAAGGCACCGCCCGCCGCCCCGCCGCCCGCCUGCCCCGGCGGGGACUGCGCCGCCAACGCCACCCGCCGCGACUGCCCGGGCCUGGAGUGCCGCCUGCUGCCACCCCGCCUGCGCCCGCGGCCCCGCGGCCCGGGCUGCGCCGCCUCCGCCGAGGGCUGCCCCGAGCCUGCCCUGCUGCGCGCCGCCGACAGAGCCGCACAGUUCGCGGGGGACGACUUUGCCCACGCCGCCCCCGAGCGGGGCGGCGGCGCCCUGGGGGUGCAACUCACCUGCGACAUCAAGCCAGGAGAAAAUGAAGUUCCAUCUGAAGAUGCCCUAAUACUACAACUGCACCUUGCAAAAGGGCAUGAGAAAUUUAUUGAAAUGCUAAAAAGCCAACAGCAGAUCAUUGUUGAUUUGCAGCAAAAACUUGCUGAACAGCAGCAUAUAUUGGUUAGCCAGCAACAGGAGAUUCUUGAACAGCAGAGAAAAAUGUAUGAGCAAAUGGAUCUGAUCAAAGUCCAGUAUGGCAUGCUUUUUGAUACGGUGAAACAAAUGUCAUUUCAGAGUUUGCAAGAAGAUAUUCAAAAUUAUUUUGAAAGUCAUCUUCAAGGGCUUCAGAACCAGGUCAGAAAUCAUCUCCAGAAGUCAUACUCUGUGCAUAAAGUGGAAGUGGAUGCAAAAGUGAUUAAUGCUGGGGAGUCUUUGCUGGACUGUGGCCUUUGUGAAAGUGAUGAAUUUUGCAAUUUCCAAAAGACACCUUCACAAUGUGAGAAAUGCACGUUGUGCCCUGCUGGUUUUUUCCAAAUGUCCGAGUGUUCUGCAAACUCUGAUCGGAUUUGCCAGGACAGAGAUGAAUGCACUGAAUCUCCAAGCAUUUGUGGUGAGAGGAUAAAAUGCCUGAAUACUCCAGGUGGUUUCCGAUGCCUUGGAAUUGCUGAGAAAGAUGCAGCUUUGGGAAUGUGUGGUGAAGAGUAUUUCUUUAAUAAGGAAAUGCAGGAAUGCCAAGCGUGUUUAAAAUGUGAAGAUGGAAUGGUGGCCAUGCCUUGUUCCACUGUCAGUGAUACGGUUUGUUCAGCAACCAGUGAAAACAAGCUCUCAGAGUCUUGGGCUGCAAAUAUUAUUCUACCCUCUGUGAAGUCUGGCAUCUCUCAGGUCUACUCUGGCUUGAACUUGAAGAUAAAGGGAAAGCUUCCCUGUGAAAUCCUAUCUGUUGAAGAUAGCAGCCUGGUAUUCAGGCAACAUGGUCUGUUGUGGACUGACCUAAAUUUUGCAGUAAAGCACAGCUGCAGGAAUUUUUUGCAACUUUCCCUAAAACUUAACGGCAGCGAGGAAGGCUAUGAACUGAGUGGUGUUCGGAUUGAACAGCCAGAAGGAAAGUAUUUCCAGAGCACUAGUUUAAGCAGCGCUGCUGAAGUGGAGCCCAGCCAAACUCUUUCUGUGUAUUUGAGAAGCCCAAAUCAAUUCUGCAAUCAAAGCAAAGACUUAAAUAUUUAUGAUCUUAUUACCCCACUCAGUUUGUUUUGGUUGUCCCACGACACAGGUGCUGUAGCACUCAGUGCGCAGAUGUCAACAGCAAUGCAUUACCAAACAAAUUAUCGACCUACCUUUAAAAUAAUUUCUGUUUCUGACCCUUACAUGCUAAGUUUAUCUCAUGAUGGCAGAGCUAUAAAGUUCACUGAAACUGGUGUUGUCAAAUUUGUUUUUCACCAAGCAUUGUAUUCCAUGGGGCAUACAUGUGUCCGGGAGGGCUUCUCCUUAAUUUCUUAUGUCAAUAGGAAUGGUACGAACAGAGAACUAAUGAAUGUAUUUAAAUCUGGGGUAAAUUACAGAGACACGUCAAUAUCUGCCUCUGGGGCCACGAAAGUUGGUGCUGGAGAUCUGAUUAGCUUUGAGAUACUUUCUCCUGCACAAUGUAAUGUUCGGUACUUUGGAGAUAGUUCUGGAAUUAGUAUGUUUAGCCUCAUCUGGAUCCCUUCAGCAGUUUCUAGUGCCAUAUCAGCCACAGUUUCUGUUACAGGUCUGCCUACGGGAGCUGUGAGAAACAAAUUACUGGAUUUCACCCAGGUCUCAUCCAAUGAGAAACAGAUACAGCUGGUUUCUUCUGGACAGCUUGCUCAGAAGUAUUUCAUUUUUACUGAAAAGGGAGUUGCCAGCCUUGCAUUUAACUUAAAGCUAAUCCACUCAUGCAAUGUGCUUAAAAUGACUCUCAAUCAGUUGACCAUGGAUCACAUGCAACCCACAGCAAUUGCUCAGCAGAUUGGAGGUCAGAUGCCAGAGGGAAGCAUAUGGACCAGUGUGUCCCUCCGUGCAUCUUUUGGAGUACAUAAUGGAACUCUGAUAUCAGUUUCCCUUGACUGUGUGCGUGGAAGGAUCAAUCAGAUUACUCAUGAACAUGGAACCAGUAUAUCUAUUUUAUGGAUUUCAUCUUAAUUUCUGUGCAGUGAAGUUAGCACAGAAUUGGGGUUUAAAUUGUAUUUGUAUUGUACUCUGAUUCUAUAUCUAUUUGACGCUGUGUUGACAUGAGCAGAUCAUCCUGCCAAAAUACUCUCAAUUUUAGGAAUAUUUAAAUAUCAUCUGAAUUGAAUUGUUAGUGUUUAAAAAAAAUAAAAGCUUUCAGUGUUCCAAGAUUUUAAUUCUGUUAACAUCUUCAGGCAGGGGAACCUUGAAUUCAGAUCAAACUCUCUUAUUUUUAAUGAAGCGGUCCCUUAAAAUUGGUUAUUUCUGGACCACAAAAAAUUGCAGGUGAGGGUAAAUACAUUUUAGUACUGUAACCGAAAGCAGCACAGCAAAUGGAAAACUGCUUUCAGUUUCUUCUCUCAACAGGCUAAUAAUAAGACUAAAUGCACUUUGAGUCUAAUUUCUCUGCAUUUUACAAAAUGUGCUUUCUAUAAAUGGAGAGAACAUGCCUCAAACUAGAGAUGAUGAUAUGGCAACACUGGAGUGUACAUUCUUAGUAUUGUAGAAAUGGACUGGGUUGAAAAUAGAAUAUUGUUUUUAUAACAAAAACAGUGGAACUAGUGACUGUUCUAAUUUAAUUUGGAAAUAAUCUGCAUUUAAAUUAUUGGGAAGGCUUUUCCCCAUUUUUAAUUUUGUCCAUGAAAAGUUGUAGGAAGAGAAGGAAGUCUAUCCUAAAAAGUAAGAGUGGAUAGGCAAAAAUAAACAAGUACUAAAGGAAUGUCUUGAAAAUAAGACUUUUGAAAAUUAGGCAAAUUUUUAUUCAAUUUCUUAUAAAUAACAAAAUAUUUUUCUGACCAAAAAGGAACACUGUUCACAAAGCCUAUUUAUUUUGCUGAACAGGUGCUGAAUUUAAAAAGGUGGGUUUUUUUUGUUAAAUCACUCAGUUAAUUCAAAGAAAAUGUGUAUUCAUUGACACUAAUUUUUAUCUUCUUCCAACUUUUCCAUCAAAAUAUUCUUAUUUUUUCCUAAUCUAUGUAGAGUCUUUUGUCCCAUUUUCUCCUUUCUCCCCCACAAAUGCUGCUUCACUCUUCUUUCUCUUUCCUUUUGUUAGGAGUAAAUGGCAUGCCUUGCCACAUUUUUUUCCAGCUUUCUUUCAGCAUUCUUACAAAAGGAUAGAUAUUUGUGUUACAGACAUAAUUAUAGAAGAGGGACAUUAAAAAUGCACUUGCAGGCUGCUUAAAUCAACCUUACUGAAAAGGAAUAUUAUGCAUGAUAUAACUUUGUGUCUGCCUGAAUGUUUAUCUAAAAUAUAUAUACAUUGCUGUGCUCUUCAUUUGUUUUUGAGCUUGUCACACUAUUUUUGCUGUUAUAGUCUCCUCCUAUAGUUUUCUAUAAAAGAAUGAACCUAAUUGCAAGACCUCUUUCUGGCAGUUGUUUUUACUUGUAAUGUUGUAAGUGUGUCCUUAACACCUGAAUUUAUCUUUCUGUCUUUUUUUUUUUUUUUUAUUCAAGAGUAUACUCAAGGAUGUAGGUUUUGGACAAACUGCUUUCCUGCUCCAAAUAAAGAACAGUGGUUUUUCUUGUUUUCAGCUGCCAAGUCUAAGCAGUCCAUCACAAGACACCUCACUGGGCAUUGUGUUGCAGCCAGCACAAGUACACAAACCAGUCAUCCUGUUGUCCCCAAAGUCUGUCUGUGACAGAGAUCUCAGUGCCUGUGUGUAGCCAGGAUCUCAUUUGUUCUCACAAGGUCAUAAGGAAAGAUGAAUUAAAAUUACUAUUAAAAGUGUUCAACAUUUGCAAAAUACUGUUAUAGAGGAUAUUUUGUAAUGAUAGAGACAGACUUUAGGAAUGAAAACAUGUAUCUGUUGGGUGCAGAAGAGCUGCAUUACCUAGGAGCAGAGCAGUUUUUUCUGGGUACUUCACUCUGGAAGCCUACUGAGACUAAACAAAGAUGAAAUGGCACAGGAGUUAGUUUUCUGACAUACCCAUAUGCUUCUGUAGAAGGGUGUACAUGAUGCAAGAGGAGCUCUGCAGGGAGCAGACCUGGAUAUUUCUAAGAUAAGAGUUUGGGGAAGACAAUGUUAGAGAAACCUAGAAAUUAUGUGCUUUUGUUUUUGUUUCAGAGGAAGUUAAGAAAGUCACUUUCUUACAAACAUAACCCCUUAUUUUCCUUUGCUGUUUUGUGCUACAUAGUUGUGUUGAAGGCUGUCACUCCCCAGUAUGACAACCUAAGAGUCAUUCUGGAUUUAAACCUGUGUAGCACAAAUUAGAAUCUGGUGCUAUACAUAGUCUGGUACAUCUUUAGCAAAGUGCAGAUGUUACUUGAAUAUAAUAAACAUUUGCCUAUAUAUAGCAUAUAGCAAAUCUAAUGGCAUGAUUUGUAUGAGCAUGCUUUAUUUGAGCGAGAUUGUGAGAUCAGUGGAAUUGCUUGAACAGGGAAGAGAACGAUACUCCAAUCCUGUAUUAUGCAUGUGGUGGUACUUACAUUUAAAUGCACCAUUAUUAAAGAAUGCAGAAACUAUGAGGAAGGUACAAGUGAACAUUAUUACAGCUAAGAAAGGUUCCAGAGUAUGAAUUCUUCAAUGUAGUAAAUCUUCUUGGAGGAUUCUGUUGGCAGCACCCAGAAUUGCCCUUAAAUUCAGAGUAGGUUUUUAGAUGCACAGUGGCAGAAACACAGUAUUUUGUAUCCAUCUGGUAGUGAUAAUGCGUCUGAUAAUGUUUUACUCAUGUUAUCUGUGAUAAGGCCCUCAAAUGACAGAAAAAAGGCCCUAUCCAGUAUGUAUUAUUAUUUGCAAUUUGCCUUAUUUGCUUAGCCUUAUUUCAAGCAAUUUGCUUAGCCUUAUUUCAAGCAAGAAAAGGCUUCUUUUGCACUCUCCCUUUCAAAAAAAGAGAAAUGCUUGAAUCUGUAGUUCAGGCCACUCACUGACCUUGGUUAUAGCAACAGAAAUUUGAAGUGAAUGUGUUGGAAUCAGUGUGGAUUUAGGAUAGCCUAGUUAACGUCAUAGUAUAUAGCCAUUGCAUCUAUGAAAAUGAUAUAUAUUGCCUCAUACUGUGCAAGGUUAAGUGGUACACUAUGAUCCUGAAUAAGAUAAAGUUCAAGAGGAAUCAAUGCACAAUGAAUGCUCCUUUUAUGGCACUUAUCUCAUUUGCUGUAAUAAAUUGCAUGUCUUAUUGACAAGUAUAUCUUACUAAUUAUAUUUACAACUUUUGAACUUUUUAAUUAAUUUUUCCCAUAUGGUUUCUUUCUGUUAAUAGCACAAUAUAGUACUGUGAAGUACAGAAUACAUUUAAAAACUUUUCUUUUGCAUCUUUUGAUACCAACCACAUUCAUAAAUAAGGUUAAAAUAGCUGCAGACAGUCUCUCCAAUCCUUUCUGCUAGAGCAUUUCCAGAGGAAGUAUUCAUAAAGUAACAGAGUAAGUAUGAGGCUGGUAGAAUCUAGCUGUACAGAAGUAGUUUAAGUUAAUACAUCCAGGAAGGCAGGUGGUUAUUUCACUGCAUUAUGCAGAUAACGGGCAACCUAUUGUUAUAGGAAACUUGACCAUUACGGGAGGAAAAUAAUUUUGGUUGUAUAGUGCUGCUCAUUCAAGAGGAAAAAGGAUUUGGCUUACAAAAACCUGAUUUGUUUUGUAUUGCGAAACACUUUGCAAGUUCCAAGAUUUUACCUGAAUAUAUUUUAUUACCUAUACAAUUUUUUUAUUCUUUCUGUGAAGUCAAAACUGGGCAGAAUAUGUUAUGUCUAUUUCAGUAUUUUGAGUGUUCCUCUGUUCUCUGCAGAUUGCAGUACACUGUGAAAACUAUACUAGUUUCAAAUGGUGCUUUUUAUGAAAUUUUCUACUUUGAAAUAUUGCCUUGUUUUAAAAAUACCGUUUAGAUACUUGCCUCAGUUAAUACUAUAUUGUAAUAUGUUUUAAGAGAACUUUACUGAAAUAAAUAAAAUGAUAAGGCUUCAUGAGUGGUUUUGUUCUGUUCUGAGGAAGAUUAAUUGCAGCUAUCAUGAUUUUUUACCAGUGACUGUUUUGGGGUAAGUAUUUCACAGAUGUUAUCUGAAUUAGUCACCUGAAGUGCUUCCUGAGGUGACACUAAACAGGAAUAGUAGUAGUAGAGAUCAUCUUGUCUGCCUGCCUUGUGUUCCCAUGGUUGUAACUGUAACUGUAGAUCUGAGGAGAUAAAUACUGUCAAAAGAGCAGUACAGUUUAUCCUGGUCAUGGCUAACACCCUAGUAAUACAGAGAAGAAAGAAAUUUGUCCUGCCUGGGUGCUUCAUAGGCUCUCUGUCAUAUGUGUUGUGGGGGGUCCAGAUCAGAGUGUUGCAGUAGCACAGCUAUGCUUCUGUCAGGGUCCGGGCAAGUUAAAGCUCACGUGUUCUCAGCAGAAACUACAAUUUCUUUAAACUGUACAUCUGUUUCUUCUUUUUGGAGAUGGUAUUGUUUAUUAGAUAUGAAUGAAAGAGAGGUGGUGUCAAAUGACCUUUGU